CGGCGCAGACGUUGAGGUGCGCUCGUCUUCCUUCUUGCUCUUCGUCACAACACGCGCCAAAUGAAAACCCAACUGCAGAGGGCGGCCCUUGGGGUCCUGGUGACGCUGGCGCUGCUGGGGAGCGCCGCCGCCAAGCCCCACGUUCCCCCAUCCGACACCCCCGACCCCCAACACGAAGAUUUGGCUUUCAGUAACCAAACCCACCUCGACAACCACCACGAUCAAGGCGAAAGCCUUGGUAAGGCUGACGAAGGCAACGGACCUGGUCAGAUGGACGCAAGGCACACAAGAGGCGUGGUCAGCGACCCGACCAAACCUGGUCAGUUAAAACCUGGUCAGGCUGGUGCGUCUGGUCAAGCAAAAGAUAGUCAGACAAGACAGGCUGGCGCAGACAACAACACAGGCAACAGUUCUGCUGCAGCAGCCAGCCAGCUCACACAUAAUGAGACCGGCGCUAAUGAGCGACAUAAGAGGAAUGGUGCUCCUCGCAACACGAAGCCAUCGCAGUGGGGGCCACAUUGCGAGGUGGUCGUUAACAGAUGCAAUAUUCCACAGUAUGGGUCGGGGCCUAAUGCGAAAUAUCCUACUACACCUAAAUGGGAUGUAAGAUGUGGUCUAGAACCUAUCUGUAGGCGUCCGUGGGAGUUCGAAUCCUCCAGUAAGGGACAGUUGUUUACCGGGCCCCCUCGCAGACACCCAUUGUACUACUCGUCACCAUACGACACAACUCAACGCCGCAAUUCGGGCUAGCGGAACAGGAUCUGGACAGACUGGGACAGAUGACCAGGUUGAACCUGGUCAGGAACCAGCAACAGAAGAACCGAAAUCAGACGCUGAUAAUCAACCGAAAUCAGACGCUGGUGCUCAGAACAGCACAAGAGAGACGCAAGCGGACUGCAUGGAACCCACCUAAUAGGAACUUACAAUGGAAAUACUAAAGACAGGCUCUGGUACUCAGGCCAGAUCUGAGCUUGCAGGACAGUUGGUCAAAGCGAUUUUGGAUGAGACUUCGUCAGGGAAGAUAUGAAUUUUGAAUUUAGUCUAAGCGAAGAAUAUAUUUCAAAUGCAGAAAAUUAAAAGUUUAUUUUUGCCAAACUUAUUUGUUCAAAGACACUGUCCAGCUCAUAGGCUUACAAGCAUGCAAUAAACUAAUAACACA